CAGAAAUAAUCCACAUUCUUCCAUGCAAUGGACGAAAUAUAUGUCAAUGUUAAACCAGCACCUUCAACAUAUCACACAGGUCGAAGGAGCUCUAAGAGGAGUUUCUAUUUAGGGGUUAUUCUCUGUCUGAGCCUGCUGAGUGUUUUCCUGCUGGUUACACUGAUCACUCUUGGUUUCUUCUACCAUAACUGCUUAUAUGAUUCAGCUAAACAGUUGUCAGAAAUGACUAACCAACUUUCCUUCAUGGGUGAGGAGAGAGACGUUCUGAAUGCAAAUCUCUCUGCUGUGAGUAACAAUCUUUCUUCCAUCACUGAGGAGAGAGACCGUCUCAAUACAAAUCUCUUGGCUGUGAGUAACCAACUUUAUUCCAUCACUGAGGAGAGAGACCUUCUGAAUGCAAAUCUCUUGGCUGUGAGUAGUGAACUGUCUUCCAUCAUCGAGAGAGACCUGCUGAAUGAAAAGACCAAAGAGCUAAAAAGGCUGCUGUGUUUGUCCAAUCAGAAUAAAGCAUGCCCUGCAGGAUGGAGCAAGUUCAAUUGUAGCUGCUAUCUCCUCUCUGAAAGGUCUACUUCCUGGGAUGAAGCCAGAAAGGACUGCAGAGACAGAGGAGCAGAUCUGGUGGUUAUUGACAGCCCAGAGGAUCAGACUGCCCUCUCAAAUAUUGCCACAACAGAAGCUUGGAUUGGUUUAAAUGACAAAGAGCAGGAGGGAACAUGGAAAUGGGUAGAUGGAACUCCACUGACUCUUAUACCUGCUAGAAACUGGCAAGAAGGUAAUCCUGAUAAUGGUGGUGGAAGUUCACAUUGGGGUGAAGAGGACUGUGUACAUGUCAGAACUGAUAUGAAGAAGUCCUGGAAUGAUCGCUCAUGUUCAACAUCUUUUAAGUGGAUCUGCGAAAAAAACCCAUAGAGCCCCUGUGCAGUUUCUUGAAGAUGAUCUAAUUAUAAUUGCUUUGCAGAUUUAGCUGUGAUUAUAACAUAGUUGUUUUAUUCUAUCAUAAUGAGGCAAUUUGUUGUAGCUAAAAGUGUGCAUUUUUUUUAAUGUCAGUGAAGACUGGGUCAGAUUGUUAUCAAACGCCUGUGGUUUUUAUUAUUCUAGCAUUCUUUAUUAUUCUAGGUAUUAUUAAUCCAGUAUUUGAAGAUUUGAUUUUUGUGUUAAUUGAAUUUUUUUAGAUUCUAAUACAUUCUGAGUUUUAAUUUUGUUAUCAUUAUUAUUAUUAGUAGUA